GUUAAAGCGCACAGUUCCACAAAUCUAUUCAAACAUAGGUGCACACGCCUAUUUAAACGUGAUUUCUCCUUCUUUCAGCCGCAUCUUCCAUUUUCUUUAUUCCGGCGAUUAGCUCCGGUGUACGGACACCGGUAAAUUACUCGUAAAUGCCAAGUUUCUCCGGUUGCUGAAUACUGAUAGCACUAGCUAAUAGCUCAGCUAGAUUUCCGGCAGUGGCCUAGACGCCGGAGUAAUGAAGACGAUGAGUCAUUUCUCAUCUAACUUCCUGUUCGGUUUCCUCGUGUCGACGGCAAUAUGUAUAACAGCAAUGUCAUCGUUGUUAGCAGCUGUAGAUGCUGCUAAUAUUACUAUUAAUAGUAAUAUUGUAACUUACGAUCGACGCUCAUUGAUCAUUAAUGGCCAGAGGAAGUUGCUCAUCUCUGCUUCCAUUCACUACCCUCGCAGUGUACCUGCUAUGUGGCCUGGUCUGGUUCAAUUGGCAAAGGAAGGAGGGGUGGAUGUUAUAGAAACAUAUGUUUUUUGGAAUGGUCAUGAACUUUCUCCAGACAAUUAUUACUUUGGAGGAAGGUAUGAUCUAGUCAAAUUUUGCAAGAUCGUUCAGCAGGCUGGAAUGCAUAUGAUUCUUAGGAUUGGACCAUUUGUUGCAGCAGAAUGGAACUAUGGUGGACUUCCUGUGUGGCUGCAUUAUGUUCCUGGUACCACCUUUCGAACCGAUAGCGAACCUUUCAAGCAUUACAUGCAGAAAUUCAUGACAUAUAUUGUGAACUUAAUGAAGCAAGAGAGGCUUUUUGCAUCUCAAGGAGGUCCUAUCAUCUUGGCACAGGUAGAAAAUGAGUAUGGCAACUACGAAACAGCUUAUGGAGAGGGAGGGAAAAGGUAUGCCUUAUGGGCUGCUAGAAUGGCUCUUUCUCAAGAUACUGGUGUACCUUGGAUAAUGUGCCAGCAGUAUGAUGCUCCUGAUCCUGUGAUUGACACAUGCAAUUCAUUUUACUGUGACCAAUUUAAACCAAUCUCUCCAAACAAGCCCAAAAUUUGGACAGAAAACUGGCCAGGAUGGUUCAAAACAUUUGGGGCCAGAGAUCCUCACAGGCCUCCAGAAGAUGUUGCUUAUUCUGUUGCUCGCUUUUUCCAAAAAGGAGGAAGUGUGAUGAAUUAUUACAUGUACCAUGGUGGGACAAACUUUGGCCGGACGGCAGGUGGCCCUUUCAUUACCACAAGCUACGACUAUGAUGCACCAAUUGACGAAUAUGGUCUAGCACGAUUUCCAAAAUGGGGUCACCUUAAAGAACUUCAUAAAGUCAUAAAGUUGUGUGAGCAUGCUCUGCUGAACAAUGAUCCGACUCUUCUUUCACUAGGUCCUCUACAAGAGGCUGAUGUUUAUGAAGAUGCUUCAGGAGCUUGUACUGCCUUUCUCUCCAAUAUGGAUGAUAAAGAUGACAAGGUGGUACAGUUCCGUAAUAUAUCAUACCAACUGCCAGCAUGGUCUGUUAGCAUCUUGCCAGACUGCAAAAAUGUAGUAUUCAACACAGCAAAGGUUGGAUGUCAAACCUCUAUAGUCAAUAUGGAACCCAUAGAUUUGCAUCCCACUGUAAGAUCACCAAAGAGAGACAUCAAAGCUCUUCAGUGGGAAGUCUUCAAGGAAACAGCUGGAGUAUGGGGAGUUGCUGAUUUCACUAAAAACGGCUUUGUAGAUCACAUUAACACCACAAAAGAUACUACGGACUACCUCUGGUACACAACAAG